AUGGACGAUUUCUACUUUUUCACCACCUUCAACCUCUUCCCUGACAAAUAUGACGAAUGGCAAAGCGCAUUCGAUGGCCUGGCCGCCUACACUUGGGAAGAGGAACCCGAUACGAAGACAUAUCAGUUCGCAGUGCCGUUGGACUACAAGGACAAUUGGUCCGGCGCAACCAGCGUGCUCGCCUUCGAGCGCUAUGGGGAAAGAGAGGACUUGUAUAAGACGCAUUUCAAAAGCCCAGCCAUGGCGAAGUUCCUGCUACUCACCACUCCCUUGGUCACCACAGACCCGGAUCUGAACCACUAUGAAUGCGUGGGCGGGUUCCUCGAUAUAUUCGGGAAAAAGUCCGAAUGCGAGAUAAUCCUGGACGUCAAGAUCGCAUGCCGGUCGGACAGCGCUCGCAGUGAUGUUCUCGGGAGAUUGACUGAACUCGCCGAUAUAGUCGAGGACAAGGAGAAGAUGAUGAGUUCCGGCGUGAUGACCUGGAUGGCGUUCAAACGCCUGGACAAUGACACGGGGGUGCGGAUCUUUGGCCGAUACAAGACUCGGGACGCUAUGGAGAAGUUCAUCCGUCGCGAGGAGUACAAUGACUUCUGGAGGGCGUCGUUGAAGGAUAUUGGGUCCAUGGAGAGCAGAGGAUGGGUGCCGAAUGGGAAGGGGUGGCUUCAUAGAGAGGGAUUGGAGGGCGAGAAGAGCGAGUGA